UCACGUCGUAAGCCAGCCAGGGAGAAUGUCGUAAACGGCGCCUGCGACACGCUGUCAGAGAGCGCACGAAGCAAAUCUCACUUUAACUGACGUAGUGGGGCGAUGGGAGAGGAUGGAAAAAUUGCUGUGGUAUGUAGAGUGAGGUGAAGUGUUGCAGUGAAUGGCACCUUGAUGAAAUGUGGAAGAGAGAAAUGUUCAGCGCCAAUGAUUUCUGAAACAUAGGGUGGCGUUUCAGCUUGUGUAUUCUAAUUUAAUUUUUGAAGGAACAUUUUUUAAUGUCAUUAUCAUAAAUUUCCACAAGAUUUGGAAUAUUUAAAUUGCUUGGUUUGCUAAUUAUCGUGAAGAUGAAUCUUCAGCUACUUAUUUUAGGACUUCUAUUAGUUUUGCAUGGUGUAAUAGGUCCACCUGUUACACAACAAAAGAAAAAAGAUGGUGAAAAAAGUUCCGAAAAUGAUAUAGGAGAAGGUGAAAAUGAACAAUUGGGUGCUCUGGGAAUAGAAUAUGAUCGCUACUUAAAAGAAGUAGUUACUGCCCUGGAAAGUGACCCUGAAUUUCGAGAAAAAUUGGAAAAGGCAGAGGAGGUAGAUAUACGGACUGGAAAAAUUGCCCAAGAAUUGGAGUAUGUUAAUCAUAAUGUAAGAACAAAACUGGAUGAACUAAAAAGACAAGAACUAGAGCGAUUACGUCAACUUGCAAGUCAAGAUCCACAUCAUUUAGAUCACAGCAAUCCUCAUACAUUUGAAAUUGAAGAUCUUAAAAAACUAAUUGCUAAGACGACCGCUGAUCUAGCUGAAGCUGAUAGAAAACGAAGGCAAGAAUUCAAAGAGUAUGAAAUGCAAAAGCAAUUUGAAAGGGAACAGAAGUUGCAGGCUGUACCAGAAGAUAAAAGACAUGAAAUGGAAGAAGAAAUUCAGAAGCUUGAGGAGAAACAUAAGAAACACGAACCUCUUCAUCAUCCAGGCAGCAAGCAGCAAUUAGAAGAAGUGUGGGAGAAGCAAGAUCACAUGGAAAAUCAAGAAUUUGAUCCGAAGACAUUCUUUUACUUGCAUGAUCUAGAUGGCAAUGGUGCAUGGGAUGAAGAAGAAGUAAAAGCUUUAUUCUUGAAAGAGUUAGAUAAAUUGUAUCAAGCUGGGGCACCAGAAGAUGAUAUGCGAGAACGCCGUGAAGAGAUGGAAAGAAUGCGUGAACACGUUUUUAAUGAAGCAGACACUAACAAGGAUGGUCUAAUAAGCUAUCAGGAAUUUCUACAGCAGACUCAGAAGCCAGACUUUGACAAAGAUGAUGGAUGGCAAGCUCUAGAUGAACAGCAAAUCUACUCUCCAGAAGAAUAUGCUGCGUUUGAACAACGUCGUCAGCAAGAAAUACAGCGAAUGAUACAACAGGGCUUG